AUGAAACCAUCAUGGCUCCAGGGAACGAACUUGACUCGCUUUGAUGUACCAGGUCUGUUUAAUCAAAUCUGGGCUGAUGGCAACGGUGUUGCUUGCGAAGACACGGGCGUUAUGGCAGGCUGCGUUCUGGGCGGAGGAGUCGCAGUCAACAGUGCACUGUGGUGGAAACCGCACCCUGGUGAUUGGGAUCGCAACUUUCCUGAUAGCUGGAAGGCCACCGACAUGGCGAAGUCGACUGACAAGGUCUUCCAGAGGAUUCCGGGAACGACUGUCCCAUCUACAGAUGGCAAGCUAUACCUCCAGCAGGGCUUCGAUCGAGUAUCAAAAGGCUUGGAUGCGGCCGGUUUCAAGCAACUCGACAAGCCAAAUGACUAUCCAGACCAGAAGAACUUCACGUAUGGACAUGCUGCGUUCUUCAUCGAGCACGCCGAAAGACAUGGACCUUUGCGGACCUACUUAGAGACUGCUUCCGCGCGUACCGACAAGUUCACUCUAUGGACGAACACAAACGCUAGGAGAGUGGUACGGACGAAAGGCCAUGCCACUGGCGUUGAGCUGGAGUGCAGAAAUGGAGCUGGGCAUUCAGGAACAGUCAACGUGACACCUGGCACAGGUCGUGUUAUCGUCUCUGCGGGCACGAUGGGUUCCGCGAAGCUUUUGUUCAGAAGCGGCAUUGGCCCAACCGAUCAGCUCAAUGUCGUGAAGAGCUCGUCGACUGACGGAGCUACGAUGAUAUCGUCAGACCAAUGGAUCAAUCUCCCUGUUGGCUACAAUCUCGAUGACCAUGUUGGUACCGACAUCCAGAUAUCGCACCCGGACAUCGUCUUCUAUGACUUCUAUGCUGCAUACAACAACCCAGUCGCAGCUGAUAAAGAUGCUUAUCUAAAGAGCAGAACAGGCAUAUUGACACAGGUCGCGCCGAAUCUGGGCCCUAUCGCCUGGACCCAGCACACACCUUCGGACGGAAUUGUUCGCCAUAUACAAUGGCAAGCCCGCAUUGAGGGGAACACUAAAACGGCGAUGACUAUCACGCAAUAUCUUGGCAAUGGAGCCAUUUCUCGUGGUCGAUUGACCAUUACCCCUCAAUUGAAUACUCAAGUCGCAACCGCUCCUUACCUGAGGAAUGCAACAGAUAAGGAAGCCGUCAUCCAGGGCAUUGACACCAUGCGAAGCGCCUUGAGCAAGGUGCAGGGUUUGACCUGGAUCAAGCCUACAGCCGGUCAGGACACCACGGCUUUCGUCAAUUCGAUCCCCACUAUCCCAGCUUCUCGCAAUUCCAAUCACUGGGUUGGCUCCAACAAAAUUGGUACGGACGAUGGCCGUAAUGGUGGCACUGCUGUUGUCGACCUCGAUACCAAAGUAUACGGAACGGAUAACCUGUUUGUUGUUGAUGCGUCGAUCUUCCCGGGAAUGACCACCGGUAACCCGUCUGCGGCUAUCAUCAUUGCUUCAGAGAAGGCUGCUGAGAGGAUCCUCGCGCUGAAGGCACCAACGAAGUCCCGCGUUAUGAAGCACGCAUAG